AGCCAAAAAAAUUUUCAACCUAUUUUGUUUUCGUUGUAUUUUUUUUAUCGAAGCUUUUUGUUUUUGGGACAUAGAGAAAUUUUUUUCAAGAAUUUUCUCGGUCUCGAGUAAAAAUUGUGUGAAUUGAAUAAUUUAGACAAAUUGGUUUUGUCAUCUCAUCAAGUUGCCAUCGUUAUGUAAAAAAAUCAAUCACCCUUAUGCUGUAGAUUUUUUCUUAUCAUUAAUAUUUUAGCUUUUACAUUUGCAUCGGAAAUCGGAGGUACUAUCUGAAUCUCAAUUACUAAUUAUUACCAAAAAGAAUCAAGAUGGUGCACUCAUUGAUGAGAAAAUCAGAUACUUCUUGGUCUGAAGGAGGCAUCGCAACUGUUUCCAAGGAUGAAUCAGAAAAUCGACCUGUAUACGAUAAUUUAGAAAUUCGCGAAGAUGUGCCGAAACCACCUAGUGAGCAGUUUUUCAAUAAUUUUAAAUCCGUAUUCAACCAUCAACAAGAAGAGGAAUUGGUAAAUUAUAUUAAAAAAAUGAACGAAAUAUUUUUUGGUUUGAGUAAAGAAGAUAUUUGCAGUAUAGCAUACAAAUUUGCCCAGAACAAACGAAUGGGACUCCCGUUUGAAAAUGAAAACGUAGAAGAUCGCUGGUAUGCGAAUUUUGUUGCUCAACAUCCGGAAGUUAUUUCAAAGUCAUUGGAAAAAAUUGUAUCUAAUGAAUCGCCGAAGGAUCAAUUUUUUCAUAAACUAAAAGUCAUUUUGAAGAAACAUAAAUUUCCUCUCAGUCACGUGUACACUGUAGGCGAAUUGUGUAUUGGACGGACAGAUAAGAAAAUACCACGUAUUGUUUCUGCCGAAAGGGCCAGGCAAAGUUUAUCGUCGAGUUACAUUGAAAACGAAGAGUUCAUCACAACAGUGUUUUGUUGCUCCGCAAUAGGAAAUUUCGUUCCACCGGCUGUAAUUCUACCUAAAAAAAGCAAAUCGAAAUUACUAUGCGAUUCGAUUUGUUUCAAAUCUGCACAUGGCUGCAACACUUCCGGUAUAUUUUUAGACUGGUUGAAAUUUUUCAUAGAAACGAUUCGACCGUCCGAAAAUAAAAAAGUGCUACUGAUUUUAGAAAACCAUAGCUGGUAUAAGAGCACUCAGAUUUUUGACUAUGCUGCCAUUAGUAACGUAAUAUUAUUUUCAUUACCUAAACCAUGCUGUACUGAAUUGCAUCCGUUAUAUCUUUCUGUAUUUGAAACUUUCAAACAAAAUUUUCAUGACAUCAUUGAGAAGUGGUCAGAAAAUCAUGAACUAGAAAAUCUCAGCUUUAACUUGAAUCAGAUUUUUCUGGAAGCGUAUUUGAAAUCCGUCAAGUUGCAGAACGCGAUUAGUGGAUUUGAAAAAGCUGGAAUAUUGGAAUGCCAUCGCGAUGUAUCCGCAGAAAUAGACUGUUCGUCUGAAAAUAUCGAUCAGUCGGAUGGCAGCUCUUUUUUAGAAGCAAAUUUUGCGCUGAUCAAACGUGAGAAAUUUAAUUUUUUAUGGAACGAUUUACAAAAAAAGGCUGAGGCGAGACGGACUCGUAAAGUUAAAUUACCUUUUAUGCCUUAUCCAUUGCGGAAUCGUAAGUAUAAAAUGAAAAAUUCUUCCAAAAAACAUAACGUAACUUUCAAAUCAUGUAUUCAAACGAGACGUGGUAAUCUUUCGCGCGUUAAUGUAAACAAUUUUGAUUUACCGAAAUCAAAACGUCGUAAUGAAAAAAAAACUGAGAAUGAUGAAUCAGUUAUUCAAGUUGUAUAUGAAUUAGAAAUCGAUUUUUGAGCGUUUCAGAAUAUAUAAAUUAUUCACCAAAAUUGUUAGAAAUAUCAAAAUUUGAAUGAAAAGUUUUAUUCGUAUGUCUGUGUUUAUUCGUUAAGUAUUAAGUACGUUUUAAUACCUACCUAUUUUGUUUCAUAUAAUUAAUUUUUUGCUGAUUAUUGGAAGUUACUUCGUUCCUACGUGAUUUUUUGUUUUUAUACUUAAGUUUCAAUCAUUUCAAUCCUGUAAAUGUGAAUGAUCGCAAAACUUUAUGUACUGUUUGUAAAGUUGUUUGUUUUGUAUAAAUUAAAAUUUUAAAAAAAUUACUA